GACGAAGCAGCCCACCAAGGCCCUGGUAGCAGUCCUGCUGGUGUAGCCUCGCUGCAGCCCCAGUCCAAACCCUCCUCAGCAGCUGACAAGGAGGGCAACCGAAGCCGUCUUGUUCCACUUUGAUGUCUCCAGGGACCGCCUCUGCAUGGACGCCCCGGAUGCUGCCCUCAACUUCUACCCCACGCAUGACUUGCGUGAGCAAGUUCUGCAUGGGGUAAUUUCCGAGGGUUACAUAGUUUCCUUCAUCCAGUUUAAGGAGACAAUGAAGGACCAGAAGCUCGUCGACCGUUUCAAGCAGGCAAACCAACCCCUUAGCACUUGGGGCUUGGAUGAGGAGAGCGGCAUGUCAUUCGCCAACAAGCGCUUCUGGGAUGCUGCAUGGGCAGCGUUCCGUGACUACUCCAGUGAUGGCAAGCUCUGUUUGAAGGCUUACCACAUUGCGUGGAUUAUCAUGGUGGUGGACUAUGGCCUGUCCAAGGUAAAGAAGUCCACCAUGAAUCUCUCAAACUCCCACCGAAAGAACACGAGAGAAGGCAGGGCAGAGAAGGCAGGGCAGAGAAGGCAGGGCAGAGAAGGCAGGGCAGAGAAGGCAGGGCAGAGAAGGCAGGGCAGAGAAGGCAGGGCAGAGGAGGCAGGGCAGAGAAGGCAGGGCAGAGAAGGCAGGGCAGAGAAGGCAGGGCAGAGAAGGCUUGGCAGAGAAGACAGGGCAGAGGAGGAGAGGAGGCAAGCGAGCGAAGGCAUGGUGGAGGAGGCAGUAGUCAAUGGCACCAUCAGGAGGGCAGUCCAGAAAGCAGUCAGAGAUCAGUCAACAUAGCAGUCAGAGAUCAGUCAAGGGAGCAGUAAGAGAUCAGUCAGGGGAGCAGUGAAGGGAGCAGUCAGAGGACCAGUGAAGGGAGCAGUCAUAGGACCAGUGAAGGGAGCAGUCAAGGGAGCAGUGAAGGGAUCAGUCAGGGGAGCACUGAACGGACCAC